AUGCAACUAAUACUGCUCACUCAACUUACAUAUGGCUGUUCCUUUUCAUUAGGUCAUAUGGUGCCAUUGGAAUCACAGAUUGUAGUUGAGAAAAACCCUUCCACAAGUGCGGAUGCCAAAGAGCUUGUUUUGACAAAAGAUCAAAACACAUCCACCACUGUCGUUCAAGGUGGAAACUCCUUAACAUCACCAACAGGUGUUCAAGAGGAGGCUAGCUUUAUGGGUAAAGGUGGAGAACAACAGUUCGGCUACCAGCCCAAUGUGUAUGCCCCUCAGCCACACACACCCUUUUCUGGAGGAUACUUGAACCAUUUGGGUCAAUGGGAGGGAUACCCAUAUGCUGUGAGUGCAGAGGGACUUGAUGCUGCAUACCCUGUGAUGUAUGGAGCUUAUUCCCCUUUGUCAGCCAUUGGAGACAGCCAGACAUAUUUCUCUUUGCUCUGCCCCAUGUCAAGCCCUUGCUACCAGACACCUGCUUCAAGCACGGGAUAUUCAAGUCCUGGUACUGGAAUGUCACAAUUUGAUCCGAUGCACCAGUAUUACUUUCCUGACGAAGUUCAUUACUCACCGACUACUGGCUUCUAUCAGUCUUUUGGUUCUUUCAAUGGAGUUCCAAUGCAAUCUAGUGGUGUUCCUGGAUUUUUUGAGCAAGGAAACAUACCCCUGGCUUCUAGAAUGCAUCAGGAAUCCAUGUCUAAUUCUGGAUCAUACAAGGCAUUCCAGCAAGGUGGUAAAUUUGGAGGCAGUACACAAAGUUGGAGCACUGCUAGUUGCAGAUUCGGCACCUUCAACAAGGGCUUCAAGAAUGAGAAGGGCUCUCUUGACUUUCUGAAUGAGCAAUGCCGUGGCCCAAGGGCCACCAAAACACAGAAAGAAGUGGGGAGCUCUUCAGCUGAGGACAAAAAUAAGAAGACAUUGCCAAUAGCUGAUUCUGAGAAGUACAACCACCCUGGUUUUGUCACAGAGUACAAAGAUGCCAAAUUUUUUGUAAUAAAAUCCUACACUGAAGAUCACAUUCACAAGAGCAUAAAGUAUAAUGUUUGGGCCAGCACUCCCAGAGGGAACAGGAAGUUAAAUGCUUGUUAUUGUGAGGCGAAAGAGAAGGAAGACCGUUGUCCCAUUUUCUUGUUUUUCUCGGUUAAUAGCAGUGGUCAAUUCUGCGGUGUAGCUGAGAUGACUGGGCCUGUCGAUUUUGACAAGAGUGUUGAUUACUGGCAGAAUGACAGAUGGAAUGGUCAAUUCCCUGUCAAAUGGCACAUUGUUAAGGAUGUCCCAAACAACAUUGUCCGGCACAUCAUCCUGGAGAACAAUGAGAACAAGCGAGUUACAAAUAGCAGGGACACGCAGGAGGUGAAACUGGAGCAGGGUCUCAAGAUGUUAGUCAUCUUCAAGAACCAUAAAGCCGAGACAAGCAUCCUUGAGGACUUCGAAUUCUAUGAGCAACGAGAGAAAGCUAUGCUAGAUGACAAGCAGCAACAGAAGCAACAGUGUUCCAAGACUGGGAAGCAGGUGCAGACCAGUGCACCAGUGGACAUUGUGACUGGUAUCUCGGACGCUUUUGCAGAGGCUGUCCAACUGGAAGAAACCAAUGACAAAGAAAACAAACCAAUGAUUGAAGAUGCUGCAGCUGCUGAUAACGUUCCUGCUGCUCCUGUGACGAUCGAAGAAGCCAUGCUGAAAACAGCGGAAGUGGGAGGCCUCUUGAAAGAAAGCGGGUGA